UUCUGGGAGCAUCAACUUUUUGUUUGGGAUCUUGGAGAGUUCCUGGCGGAAGGAGGGGGGCGAUCUCCGCUGGAAGGGGGCGAGGAGGAGGAGAUGAGGGGUGUCAGGCUCUGACCUCGCGCAUGGUGCCCCCCUUUAAACACUCCACAAGUGGUCUUCUUGCCACCGAUCCGCUGGCUGUUUGCUAAACAGAGGAGCCCAUUCAGACUUGUUCCACUAGGGGGGUCCUCGGAUCGGGAGCACAGACACACACCGAGGACUUCCUGCACUCAUCAUCAUCAUUAUUAUUAUUUACCAUGACUUUGGGAACUGAGAUGUCUGACAAUUCCCUGCUCUCUGAAGACACCGACAUCGAUGUAGUCGGUGACAUGAACGUCAAGGAUGGGAAAUACUCUGACUACCAAUCUGACAACGACUCGGACGAUAACAUCUCCUCCAGGACUCAUCCAGACGCCUCCCCAGACCUUUCUUCUGACUCCAACCCAAGAGGUGUGGAGAAGAACCCCAAGAACACCCUGGUGAAGCCCCCUUACUCCUACAUAGCCCUGAUCACCAUGGCUAUCCUGCAGAGCCCCAAGAAGAGGCUGACCCUGAGUGAGAUCUGUGAGUUCAUCAGCAAUCGCUUCCCUUACUACAGGGAGAAGUUCCCAGCCUGGCAGAACUCCAUCAGGCACAACCUGUCCCUCAAUGACUGCUUUGUGAAGAUCCCCAGAGAACCUGGCAACCCUGGCAAGGGCAACUACUGGACCCUGGACCCUGAGUCUGCAGACAUGUUUGACAAUGGCAGCUUCCUGCGGAGAAGGAAGAGGUUUAAGAGACAGCAGAGUACAGAGAUCCUGAGGGACCCAAGCAGCUUCAUGCCAGCCUUUGGAUAUGGACCUUAUGGCUACAACUAUGGUCUCCAGCUGCAACUACCACCACCAGCACCACCACCACCACCACCAGCUGCCACUUUUUCCUUCCAGCCCACACACUGUCCCAUCCCCACCCCGACCUCGGUCUUCUCCAGCCCCUCACUGCCUGGCUUCUUAGGGAAUGAACUGAGCAGGAAGUCCUUCUACUCUCAGCUCAGUCCCUCCUUACCCAUCCUGCAGACCCUCAAGGCGGACACCCAGACCAGGACUUCUUUCUCCAUAGACAAUAUCAUUGGGGGGUCUUCUGCUGCUGCUGCUUCUGCUCCCCCAUCCACCCCGACCUCCCCUUACACCACAGCCCAACCUGGGAGCCAGACCCAGGUCAUUGCCAUGUUAACCCCUUCCUUGACCCCCAUGCAGAACCAUCUAAACUUGACCCAUGACACUAUGUUACAGAGUGGACAAAACUUCUCAAGUAAAAUCACAAAUCUCAGCAGCUGCCAUUUUUAAACCUUCCCACAACCCAAAAACUAAAAAAAAAAAAAAAGUCUCAACCUGUGUACUGAAGGUAGGAGGAAUUUUUAUGUAUUUUUUUUUUUGCCACAUUUUUGGAGGCCUCCAGUUGUCACCUCUCAGCCCAGAGAAGCUUCUAAUGGACGAGUCGCUAUUUAUAAAGUGGGUGUAGAUUUUGUAUCAUGUCGGGUGUGUUUUUCCAAAUGUUCCUAUCCGAAUUCCAAAAGGUCAAUAACUAUUUCUAGUGUGCAGAGGGAAUGGCGCAGAAAGAGAGCGACAUUUGAUGGAAAAAUAAUGCAAUACAUGUCAUGAGUUGCAGCUGAUUAAUAUUCCUUGUAAUGGAUGCACUUCAUGGGCGUUCAUAUAUUAACCCAGAACUGCAAGCAGUGGGGUGAUUGCAAUGGUUACAAAUGAAUGCGACAUUUGUCGCAGGUUAAUCGUGUGUGUAUUAAAUUACACUAAUUCAAUAGGUGCAUAUGCAUAACAUUGCAGCUAAUGAUUGCAAUUAAUAUUUACUAAAUGCAAUCAGUCCCAAUGAGUGCAGUUAAUGUACAUUUUAUAGGCAAUGGUUGGAAAUUGAAUACACAAUUUGGCGCAGGUGAAUGAAAUGUAUCAAAUUACACAAAUACAGUAGAUGCAUGUUAAAAGUAUUGCAGUUAAUGAUUGCAAUUGAUAUUUACUAAAUGCAAUCAGUCCAUUGAGUGCAAUUAAUGUACACUUUCUUUAAGUAAUGGUUGCAAAUGAAUACACAAUUUGGCGUAUGUCAAUGGAUGAAUAUCAAAUGAUACCAAUGCCAUGGGUGCCUAUGAAAUAAACCGUUGCAGUCAAUGUUUGCAAUUAAUAUUUAGAAAUUGCAGUUAGUCUAACGAGUGCAAUUCAUGUAGAUUCUCUAAACGACAUUUGCAAAGGAAUACCAAAUUUGUCGCAUGUCAGUGGUCACAUUAAGUCACCUGGACAACUGAUAUUAAUGCAGUAAGAAAGUAACAUUUACUCAUUGCAAUCCAUCUAACCAAUGCAAUUAUUGUAAAUUCUAUAAACAGGAAAUCUUGCAAUUAUGUAACACCAAGGCAAUCGCCAUAAGACAUCUCUGUACUGAAAUAGUUAUUGAUCGGCCGACCAACUGUUAUCGAAUCCAAGUAAGAAACACUGUUGCCAAGUAUCUCAGGAUUUGCCAGACUAUCAGUGCAGACCAUUAUUCACUUCAUUUCCUCAUUAGCUGCCAAUUAAAAUGUCAAAUGCAGAUUUUUUUGGUCUGAUGUGUAUAUGUAAUUAUGUAUAUAGAUAAUAUAUAGAAACAUCGGAGCAGAUGAUAAAGAAUUGGUCGCCCGGCUCCGCAGCCUGCAUCCUUCUGUGUGUAUCCAUCGGAUUGUGAAUAAUCAGAAGCCUUAUAAUUAUUCUAAUUAUUAUGUG